UUGACACUCACUCACUACUACUACUUAGUAAAGGGACUAUUCACUCACACACACUUCAGAAUGGCUGCUCCUCGUCUUGCUCUGUCUGUGUUCGUGCUGAUGCUGGCAGCUGUCAUGGUCACUGAAGGUAUGCGCGGCGCCGGCCCAAGGAAAUGCUGCUUUCGUUUCAAUGAAAAACCACUGCCCAAAGAGCGAGUGAUGGGCUACAGUAAGACCAGCCAGCAGUGCUCCAUCCCCGCUGUGUUGCUGAAGACAGUGGCAGGGCGUCAGCUGUGUGUGAGACCAUCAGCCACUUGGGUGAAGGACAUCAUCACCUACCUGGAAGCCAAGGCCAUCCCAGGGCAGGCAUCCAACAUGUAACCAUGGCAACACCACCAUCAGUGCUUCCAGUGAAAAAAAUCUGGCUAGUCCAUGUGAAAUGAUAUUGCAGCUUUUCAAACCUUAACUUUUAAACUGAUAUGUUGCUGUCUCCACUGUAACAUCUGUGGGUUUAUAUCAUAUGCUAAAUAGCAGCUCUCUGUUUUGCGAAUAUAUAUACAACCUGCUUUCAUCAGAUUUUUAUACAUAGCAACAAUGUUUUUAAGAUGACAUAUUUAUACAUUUUUAUACAUUUCCACUAUAUAUUAGGUAGAGAAAUUCAAUGUAUUUUAUUAUAUGGAACAAAAGGUAUGAUUUGCUUGUAGUAUUAGUACAACACUCAAAGUCAGACCGUCAACACUGUGAAUUACAUUUGCAUUGUAAUUUGAAUUAACUUACAGAAACUACAUUUACUGUAAAACAGCAAUGCCUCCCAAUUCCACUUGGUGUCAUCAGUAGAGUAUAAGCUAUGGGAAACACCACUA